UAUUUACACAAAUGAGUUCGUGUUGAGAAUAUUUUCAUAAUUAAAUAAAAUAUCAAUACAUAUACACGUGUUGCGUUAUCAUAUCUGGAUAUAAUUUUAACAUGAAGUAAUAUACUCCAAUAUACGAUAAUGUCGCAAAAGAGUUCGGUCGUUAGUGAUUGUCGACUUCGUAUAGACCCCGUCCUCGUCGAUAAAUUUCGCCGACUGCCGGGUGGAAUAAAUGAAGUCGGAACAAAGAUCAUCAGAGACCUCGGUCUUCGGUAUGAAUACGAGAAACAACGCGGAGUACUGGAUAUCGUCGGGCCGGACACGGAGAUACUGAAUUUGGCAAUUGAAACUCUCCGGUUUUGGAUUGAAGGAGAUGAGUUCCCUGAUACGGGUAUCACGUGUCAAGUCGGUUAUCCAAACAGGGGUAUAGUUAUUUGGCGUUUCCAUGGAGACUACGCGAAGAAGUUUGACCAUCUUUUCGCGGAUGAUAUCAGAAGAUUAAAAUUGAUUCAUACGGUCAACAUUAAAGCCGUACCAUCGAAGCGGAAUCCGGAGUAUGUUGAAUUGUACUGCCACUUUUCGGUGUAUCACCAAGUCAAGGACGAAGUCAAUAGAAUAUCGUUCGAACUCAGCAAAAUAUUUCAAGAUGACUUCUUUAUACCGAUAAUGGAUUUGAAACAGGCUCGUGAUUUCGCGAAAGAUAAGUCUAAAGACGAUAAAGUGUUGUAUGCAAUAAAAGUCUACCCGGAUGACAAAAUCAGAGUAUGGAUGUUCGCCAAAGACCAAUCUGAUCUAAUAAAGGCAAGAAGAGAAUGGGUAACUCAUGUAGGACUUAUUGCAAGAGAUAAUGAAUUUGAGGAGCGGUCAGUUAAGGUAAAAAACAAAAUGAAUGACAUAAAUACUGCGUCUUUCUUUGGCCAUAACAUUUCGUCUAAGCCGGUCGUUAAAGGUAGCCAACAAAAUUUGGCAAAUUUGGAUAGCAGCAAUUCUUUGCAGUUUAGGACAAAACCAAAGGACCUUAGCCCCAGAAAUAACACAAAUGGGCAAAGGUACGACAAUCCAAACUUUCCACGGCCGCCUGAUUUUGUAUAUCCUAUAGUAUACACAGAUUUAAAUACAUCUCGUGAGCAACAACCCGACCUCACAACAUCGAAUCCCUUCGCUCAGGAGCAUCCAGCCAGCGAAUUGGGAGCUGAGAUCAACAUAAAGAGUGGCGCCAAUCCUCUAGCUGGAGAGGCAAAAUGGGUCACGGAGGAUGAGGUUAAUCAAGCUAGACAAAACAAGAAACAACAAAACAGAAUAUAUGUUCACCAUCAGGUUGAAUAUCCUCCAGGAGCAAAAUUAACUCAACCGACCACAAGUUUUAAAAUGAACCCCUUUAAGCCGGGUGGAAUGCAGGUGGUUCAUCCAGAGAAGAACCUCGUAGCAAAUGAACGAUUCAACCCGACUCGUUCAUCGCAAUCAGUACUUACAAGUGUUACCGAUCCUAUGCAGGCACCUAAUUUAAAAAGGGGCAAAGGUGUUCGACCAGGGGCCAAGAAAAAAGUCAAUGUUAAGGAUAGUACAAGACGAAGACCGGGUUUAAAAGCCGACCAGCCGCAGCAGACAGUUAAAUACAAUAUCAAUGUCAACGGACUUGAAAUAUUUAUGUACAAACAAAACAUUGUCAAACUUAACAAUAUGGACGCGCUUAUAAAUGUGGUCACACCAGAAUUGAAGAAAGGAGACAAAACAGCAACUUUGAUGUUUGAAGAGAUGGGGAAGCAAGUGAUUGACGAAAUAGAUGUUCAUCUGAGUUUAUACGGUGAAGUAGACACUGGUGAAAAUAUUGUAACAUCUGCGGGCAAAAUACCGGCUCUCGGUGUGAUCCACGUGGUUUCACCGAUAUGGAAGAAAUACACGGUGUGGGAGGAUUGUGCGAGCGACCUCCACAGAGCCAUAUAUCACGCCCUAAAGACAGCAGAGGCUCAUAAGUACAGAAAAGUUGCGCUGCCGAUUAUUGGCGUCGAGCCCUUGUUCGGAAUACCAAAAGAUCUGAUUGCGGAGGUGUACGUCAAGGCGCUGAUCGACUAUAGUAUGGGCAUGGGGCCUCUCUACCCCGUACUGGAAAUACAUCUGGUGGACGAGGACGUGGCUAUGCUGACGUACAUCAAGGACGCGUAUGAGAGCUGGGCUUCUAUGCCGGGUGUUGCAGACGACAUGACAAAACACAUAUCCACAGAUGCAGUUCAGUCUAUGCGAAACCCGGAUGCGGUUUAUAAUCGCCGUGAAAGUGCUGUGAAUAUGAAGGACAAUGCUCCACACCGCAGUGAAAACAUGGUGGUGUUUGUGGAACAGUCGUACACGGAGAACGGCGAGCAGAGAUGGACAUUUGAUGUUCUCAGGAGGAUGACAGUGCACGUGUACACAGGAUCGUUGCUUACACUAAGUAACGUGGAGGCGGUGGUGUGCGCAAUGGACUCAAACGGCAAAGGAACCCUCGUCCGUCAUCUGCAAGGAGCAGGCGGGAGGAAGUACCGAGAAGCAUUGAAAAAAGCCAAAGGCACGCGGACUCUCCAAGACGGCGAGGUGCUGGUGACAGAGGGUGGGGAUCUUCCGUUAGAGACUGUCUUGCACGCGGUGGUCGCGAAGCCUGUGUAUACCGCAAGCCAGAAGAACCUUACUCGUCUAGAUAAGAUCAACACCCAUGUCCUAGCGUCUGCUAAUAAACAUGGCAUCAAUGUGUUAGCUAUGCCGCUGAUCGGAACAAGUCGUCUCCGGGAACGCUUCGAGGUUGAGCAGACCAGUCUGCAACUGGUGGAUAAUAUCAUUGAGGUGUGCCUCAGUGCUGGGCGCCAUCUGCACAUCCGGGAACUUCACCUUGUCAAUAUUAACCACGUGAUGACCCAGUACAUUACACAGGCUCUUAGAACCAGGGCCCAUGCUAAAGUCAGACUGGAAGCCGAAUCACACGCACUGUCAAGAUCAGAGGUGUUAUCCCAUGCAGAGGCUGUGAGAGCAGCAUCACCAGAAAGCAGGGCUAAAGUAUCUAAAUCUCUUUCGAAAACCAUAGCAACUGCCGAGGAAAAAAGUGCAGUAAAUCAAACGGAAAUGCAAGAUCCUGUUGUUAGUACUCGUGAGGUUUCUAGCGAUGAAACAAAGGCUGAAUAUACAGGAGAUGGUGAGAGAAAUCCCAGAAAGAACAAUAAAAGAAAACAAGACGCUGUUAAGAAGACUAAAACGAAAUCACUGGAAGAUAAAUCCGCGGCUUACCUUUCAACGCGUAUGUUAGAAGCUCAUGACAGAAUGUUGAAGGAUGCGUGGAACCAACUCGUGGACGAAGAUAUUGAUGAUCCGACAGAAAAACAAACAUCACAGAGAGUUGAGGACGUCCAGAAAAGAAAGCACAAGCAGCUUGAUCCUAUCCCAACAAAAGAGAGUGAAAUGGACAUUACAGGUGCAGUGAUUGACGAAAAGGACCAAAGAAUUGCACAGUUGAUGAAAAAAGAAAGAGAACAGAGAAAACGCAGUAAACGGCGAAUAUUUCAACGAUCUUCAGAUUUCAUUUAUCAAAAAUCGAAAGCAGAGUCAUAUCAAGAAAAGUUCGAAAAGAAGCAAAGAUAUGAAUCCACUCGCUCAAAAAAUAACGACUCGGGUAGAGUGGUGAGAUCAAAAAGUAGCGGCAAUAUAAAUAACGGAUAUUUAAGCGAAUCUCUUCUGAAAGGGUUCGAAACUGAGAGACAGCGAAUUCGACAACAGCGAAUACAAGAAGAUGCUGACGAAAUGACCGAUGAUGAGCGAAUGGAAAAGGAACGGUUCUUGAAAGAAACAGAACGCUUUUUCACAAGAGGCACAAAAGACCGGUACAGGCCAACAAACGAUGUCAGAAAUUUAAAUGAUGAGUUUGAACGUGCAAAUAGAGUCGAUGUGCAGGACUAUAAAACGGAAACGGACUAUGCGAUUACGGCAAGAAGUGAUCAACGUGCUCUUACCAGAAGGAAAAGUCAGAAACAUGUCAUUGACACUGAGAGAGAAGAUGAGUAUAUGAUGGAUAUGGACUAUUUAGCAAAGGAACGAGAAACGCGUAUUAAAGAAAGAGAGGAGAAGGCAAUCAACAAUGAUGACGACCUUAAUCACAGCUAUACAAAAAGUAAAAAGAGUCAGAUGCAAAGGAAUGGUCGUUUUAUGGACAUGAUGCAUGCUGAAAAAGAGAAUAACAAAUAUGACAAUUCAUACAUGAACAAUAUGCAAAACAGAGGUGACUUUUCAGAUAGUGAAUAUGAAAGGCAUAGAAAACCAUUAAAAUCAAGUCUUAAAAGAGUGUCUUCACAGGGAGCAGUCAAUCAGUAUAGCGGUGAUAGCAAUUUAGAGGAAUAUAAAGUGAGCAGAAAAUUAACGGACAUCCCUCAGAACAACUAUCCGAGGGAGCUCAAAUUUUCUCAAUAUGUGGAAAAUUACAGUUAUCCAAACCCUAAACAGAUCGAGCCGUACCCUAUCCAAAACCCUACCGCAUACAACUACAAUAGAGAACCAUACCCGUACUCUGAACCAUCGCAGUAUUUCGGAUAUCCUGUCAAUCAAGAGGACAGCUUGCCUCCGGCUCCGUAUGCUAGACAGACUGAUGAUGAUGUUAAACAUUACACAGUUGAUGCAGUCGUACAAAUGCCACGCGCUUUGUCAAAUAGCUACAAUAAAGAAAAUAAACACUCGAGUGAACCAAGAUAUGAAGUUGUCAAGCCAACUGAUAGACAAGAAUUCACAGAAAUUAAAGUUGAUAGCGUUGAAAACGAUCAAUCGGAUAUCAACAAUAACGAUGAUGUGCAGAAAAUUGAUAAGACGGGAUCAGUUAUGGAACAAGUUAAGGAAAAUACAGACAAUGUGGAAAACGAAAAAGAGGCAACAAAAUUAAAGGGUACUUCUGACAAUGAUUUGUUACAUAUCAUGGAAGAAGAGCGAAAUAUGUAUGCCAAUGAAACUACCAAAGAAGCUGAUGAAAAUAAUGAUGACAACGGAAAUGGGAAUGCUGAACACCAGAGAGCAAAUGAAAUUGACAAUAUGGACAGCGAAUCACAAAACACCAGCAAUGGUUAUAAGGAUACAAACGAAAUACUGGGCGAAAAGAAAGAAACCGUUGAAGAAAAUGAAGAACCUGAAAAUGUUUCAUCUGAUGUCGCCAACAAUGAUAUCAAUGGCAGUGUAAACAGUUCGUUUAAGGAAGUUGACAUUGCAAUUGAUGUAAAUACAUCGACGCCAGCUAAGAUUGUCACUGUGGACGAUAAUGUAAAGAGCACUCAAUCGCAAGACGUGGUACAACCAAAACGGAAGACUUACAGACCGCCAAAGAAGAAUUACAAAACAAUCACCAUGAGCAACUUGGGUGGCGAUUUUCUUCGAGAAAAGCCUGUCGUUGACCAGCCCGUACUGUUGAAAAACAGGCGGUAUAAGUUUCCAAACAUACCACGAAUCGAAACUGAUACUUAUAUAGCCAUGGAUCUUUUAUCGACAACAAAGCUUGCUGAUAAGAAAGUAUCGUUUGAUCCCACUAUCAAUCAAAAGCACAACAAAUUAAGAAAACGCGAUCUGAAUAAAAUCCGCAGUGGACCAAUUAUGAAUCCUAAUGUAAUCGAUCCAAAUGACUUUUCGAUUCGAGACAAUAUCAGACUGGAUAUAGACAUUGUUGAUAGAAAGAAACCAGAAGUAGAUGAAACAAAAUUAAAGGAUGAAAAACGAAAAAUCAAACGGUUUUGGGAAGUCGUCGGUGGAAAAGAUUUGAAUGAUGAAAAGGAGCUUUAUGGAUACAAUGGUCAACGAAAACAGAAAGACAAAAUGUUAGUGACAAAAGUUAAAAAGGAAAGGGUGUUAUCUGCCAAGAGCAAACACAGUAAUACCAAAACUAACGUUAGCUCGGUUCAUAACCAUUCCGUCGGAAAAUAUAACGUUACGGUAGAAGUUGCAAAUUAGUUAUUGAACAAAUCGGGCUUCACAUUAAAAGUACCAUGACGUCGAUAUUGUUACAUUCAGUGUUAUAUUACAUAUGUCAAGUUUCUAGUAGUAGAAGUAUACGCUAACUGUGUUGAUUGCAUAAAUACAUUUGUUGUCAUGUAUCUAAUUUAUGUGUGUGAUGUGGGAAUGUUUAAUAUGAACACAAUUUAAUGAGAAAACUGUUGAUGGUCAUUGACCUAGCUUUUAGUGUGUUUAUACGCCGUUUGGGCAUGUUCCAAUGCACGAGAUAAGGAGUGAGAAAAAAUUCCAAUGCGUUUGUGUGUUAAAAUUAAAAUAUAUAAUGUAUAUCUAAACAUAUGUCAGCGUUUAUUUUCCCUUUCACGUGUGUGAGGCAAGUAAAGCGGAGGUUUUUUGUGUUUAGUUAUCAUAUCUAAAAAAAAAAUGUGCUUGCUGUGUCUCUCUGAAAUGAUAAUAGAAAAUGUUAGCCUUACAAAGCAAUGUUAAACCAGAAUUAUGAACUCGCAUUAACAUAUACCAUGCUUGAAAUAAUAAAAAGUCAACUUCCUUUCGCAAUUAAAUCGCUUAAACCAAAUAGGAGGGGAGGAACUAUAUCACGGUUUUUUCUACCGUUUCAGUCAUGGAUAAUAAUUGUAAAAUGUAAU